UCCCGUCCUCUGAGCGGCCUCCUCAGCGGAGGACCUUCACACGCCACAGGAACUGGUAGGUGUGCUGAGGCCCGUUUACCUCCCUUCCUCCCUCCUUCCUGCAGCACAGGCAAGACAUCACGUUCUCCGUCGCUCUCCGUCGAGGACCGUUGGAGAAGUGAGCGUGCGAGGCGACGAUGGUGAGCGCUGACUAAGUAAGCGGAGAAGGCUACCACACCCUUGGAUGUAUUGGUCAGAACCCAUAAACCCUUGUGUACUCUGGUUUAUAGCCUAAGGAUUCAGGGCCUGUCCGCAGGAUUGUCAUUUCUACCUUCCGUCUUUAGCUCUGUAGACCUCUUCCAUAUGUGUCUGGACUAAUUACCCCAAAGGUCAUACCUAAUGAUAAACAUCUUCUCUUUCAGACUCCAUCACCAUUAAUUUCACCUUCCGUCACCCCACUUCCUCCUGUUCUUUUCUCAUCCCUGCAUCCGUAAACUUCUCCCCCUCAGUUUCCACACCUCUCCGUUUCUCCCUCUCCCCGCCGGUCACCCAGGAUGCCUAGUUCCAAGCCCCUCCGCUAGGCCCUAGCAGCAUGGGCGGAGACUGGGCGGGAAGCGAGAGAACGGAUCGGACCCUUCCCCUCAGGACGGGCACGCUGGCGGGUCACCCUCCCUCAGCUUCAGAUGGGCGAAGACGCUGAGAGCCCCAAGAUCAACCACACCUUCCUGCGAGACUAUGUCACCGAAGCUGAUGUUAUCUCCACGGUGGAAUUCAACCAGACAGGAGACCUGCUGGCCACGGGGGAUAAAGGUGGCCGUGUGGUCAUCUUCCAGAGAGAAACUGAGUCUAAAGGGCAGUCCGAGGAGGUGGGGGAGACAGGGGACUCUGGAGAGUACAACGUCUACAGCACCUUCCAGAGUCACGAGCCGGACUUUGACUAUCUAAAGAGUCUGGAGAUCGAAGAGAAAAUCAACAAGAUUCGAUGGCUGCCACAGCAGAAUGCCGCACAUUUUCUCCUCUCCACCAAUGACAAGACGGUGAAACUGUGGAAGGUGAGCGAGCAAGACAAGAGACCGGAGGGAUACAACCUGAAGGAUGAGGAGGGCAGACUGAAGGACGUGUCAACCAUCACCUCCCUGCAGGUGCCGGUACUGAAACCCACGGACCUGAUGGUGGAGGUGCGGCCCAGGCGGGUGUUUGCCAACGGACACACCUACCAUGUCAACUCCAUAUCGGUCAACAGUGACGGCGAGACCUACCUGUCCGCCGACGACCUCCGCAUCAACAUGUGGCACCUGGGUAUCACUGACCGCAGCUUCAACAUUGUGGACAUCAAGCCAGCCAACAUGGAGGAUCUGACAGAAGUGAUCACAGCAGCAGAGUUCCACCCUCAACACUGCCACCUGUUUGUGUACAGCAGCAGCAAGGGGACUCUCCGCCUGUGCGACAUGAGAGCGUCGGCACUCUGUGACAAACACACCAAACUGUUUGAGGAACCCGAGGAUCCAGGCAGCCGCUCCUUCUUUUCCGAGAUCAUCUCUUCUGUGUCAGACGUGAAGUUCAGCCACAGUGGACGCUACCUGCUGACCAGGGACUACCUCACCGCCAAGGUGUGGGACCUCAACAUGGACAAGGGCCCCGUGGAGACGUACCAAGUCCACGAGUACCUGAGGAGUAAGCUGUGCUCCCUCUACGAGAACGACUGCAUCUUCGACAAGUUUGAGUGUGUGUGGAACAGCUCUGACAGCGUGAUCAUGACCGGCGCCUACAACAGCUUCUUCCAGAUGUUCGACAGGGAGACGGGGCGAGGCGUGACCCUGGAGGCCUGGCGGGAGAGCAGCAAGCCCCGGGCCGUGUUGCGCACCCGCCGCGUCUACACCGGCGGCAAGCGGCGGCGCGGCGACGUGGGCGUGGACAGCUUGGACUUCAGCAAGAAGAUCCUGCACAUGGCCUGGCACCCGUCCGAGAACAUCAUCGCCAUCGCCGCCACCAACAACCUGUACAUCUUCCAGGACCGCGUCAGCCCGGAGGCGCACGGGCAGUGACCGGAGCACCCGGGCAGUGACCGGAGCACCCGGGCAGUGACCGGUGCACCCGGGCAGUGACCGGAGCACCCGGGCAGUGACCGGAGCACCCGGGCAGUGACCGGACGGAGCACCCGGGCAGUGACCGGAGCAUCCGGGCAGUGACCGGAGCACCCGGGCAGUGACCGGAGCACCCGGGCAGUGACCGGAGCACCCGGGCAACUGUUCACUUUGCAUAAACUGCCCGCAGGUGAGCUUCAAACGACACUAAUCGUAAGACAUGAGGACAUGUUUUUGGUCCCGCCCACUUUUUGUAAAAGAGGUGCAGGGCCGCCUCCACACCGCCACAACGAUUGUUGGGUCCUACAAAAAAGUUGGCUUACUUUUUGCCUCGUCCCUCACCUGAACCGGGGACCGAAGAACGCACCACCGACCCAAGGAUGCGGCUCACGGACGCCACCUGGUGGUUGUUUGAGCACACCCGACCCGGCCCUGGAUAGUCCCGCUCCUUGACGCUUCGGUCGCACGCAGGAUUCUCACAGAAAUGAGGCAAAAACUCAACCGCACCUGCUGUAUGUACCGUACUUUCCGGACUAUAGAGCCGUAUAAGCCACACCCACCGAAUUUUAGAACAAAAAACAAACAUGGUUCCAUAUAUAAGCCGCACCUGACUAUAAGUCGCAUUGUGUAGUGAUUUCAUUUACACAUAGUUUGCACAUUUUUAUUUACAUUCCUUUAUUGUUUUUAAGCGGCAGUAAAACGGCUGAGCAAACAAAACAGAAGUCACGGUCAUGGACCCACGAGCUGCGGAAGCUAUUUCUCCAAUCAGCUAAACUGUUUAUUCACACUCCUUACCGGUUUCCGAACGGCAGUAAAACGGCGGGUCGAACAAAACCGAAGUCGUGGCCGUGGACCCGCUAGCUGCGCAAGCUAGCUCGCCAAUCAGCUAAACAGAAUUUUACGAAAACUGAAAUAACACAAAAGUUAAUAAUGCUAACACAGAUGCUCGUGAACACGUUAGCGUAUUAGCUAACGCUAACGAUGCAUUACGACAGCACAUACAAAUAUGCAUGAAAACACCCCUACAGACGUCACACACGGGACGGUUUUAGUAAGUCGGAAUUGUUUUAGUUGUAUUGUAAAACUUACAAAAACGUCGGUUGGAGUGAUGGAUGAAGAAUCCAUACGAGUAGAAACGCUGCGGACGGCUCGAAGACCGAACGGUACUUCUACUUCAGCUUUCAACCUGAAGUAGAAGUACCGUAACUCCAAAAGAUGGCGCCAUGGCACCAACAAUGACACACUUUUUCCG